AGUCGCUGGGCAGCCGACGCGGUCCACCGUACGAUGACACGAAAUCGAUGCCGGUCCUUUAAUUAAAGUCUGCGACUGAACCGGAGGAAGUGGAGGAGGAGGAGGAGGAGGAAGAGGAGGAAGAGGAGGACGCAGCAGAGUCUCUAGUCUCCGGCUGUCUGUCCAUGAAGAGCGACUUCUCCAAAGACGAACCUCCGUUCUUCAGUAAUGAACCUGGACCCUCAGACACAAAACAGAAUAAUAUGAGGGAUGUCUCUGAAGACGAGCAGCAGUCCAGAUCCAGAACCAGAGCUGGUCUGCAGUCAGCCAGUCAGACCUGCACUGUACAAAUGAAUGCAGGUCAGCGUGAAUAUAAGGACUGUCUGAAGACGACAUGUGGAUGUGUGACUGAAGGAACGAAUACAAGAGGUGAAACUCCCCUCAAGAGGAUCUACACUGGUGUCUACAUCACAGAUGGAUGGAGGGAAGAGGUUAACACCCAACAUGAGGUUUGGCAGCUUGAGACUGCUUCCAAGAUGGAGAUCCUCCACGAAACUCCAAUCCAGUGCAGCAACAUCUUUAGAGUCUCACCUGACCAACAAAAAAAACUCAGAGUCGUCCUGAUGAUCGGCGUUGCUGGCGUUGGAAAAACCUUCCUAGUGCAGAAGUUCUGUCUGGACUGGGCCGAGGGUUUGGAAAACGAAGAUCUCAGUCUGGUGAUUCCUCUUUCCUUUAGGGAACUGAACUUGAUCAAAGAUGAGCAGUACAGUCUUCUGGAGCUGCUCCAUGUUUUUCAUCCAGCGUUGCAGAAGGUCCCAGCAGACCAGAUCGCUGGCUCUAAAGUCCUCUUCGUCUUUGACGGCCUGGAUGAAAGCAGACUUUCAUUGGAUUACAACAGCGAGGUUGUGUCUGAUGUCACACAGAAGUCAUCGGUCAACGUGCUGUUGACAAACCUCAUUCAGGGGAAGCUGCUUCCCUCAGCUCUCGUCUGGAUAACUUCCCGACCUGCGGCAGCCAAUCAGAUCCCUCCUGCGUGUGUUGACAGGGUAACAGAAGUACGAGGCUUCACUGACGCCCAGAAGGAGGAGUACUUCAGGAAGAGAGUCUGUGAUGAAGAGCUUUCCAGCAGAAUCAUCUCCCACAUCAAGACAUCCAGGUGCCUCCACAUCAUGUGUCUGAUCCCAGUCUUCUGCUGGGUCACUGCUACAGUUCUGGACCACAUGUUGACUACAGACCAGAAAGGAGAGCUGCCCAAGACCCUGACUGACAUGUACGCACACUUCCUGUUGGUUCAGACCGUGAGGAAGAAGCAGAAGUAUGAUGAGGGACAUGAGUUGAGUCCACAGGAGCUGAUGGAGGCUGACAGGGAAGUCCUUCUGAAGCUGGGGAGGCUGGCGUUUGAACAGCUGGAGAAAGGAAACAUCAUGUUCUACCAAGAAGACCUGGAGCGCUGUGGUCUGGAUGUCACAGAGGCCUCGCUGUACUCAGGAGUUUGUACAGAGAUCUUAAAAAGGGAGAGUGUGAUCUUCCAGAAAACCGUCUACUGCUUCGUUCAUCUGAGCGUUCAGGAGUUCCUGGCUGCAGUCUACUUCUACCACUGUUACACCAACAAGAACACAGAGGUACUGAAGGACUUCCUGGCGAUAGACCCGAACAGUGAUUACUUUCAGUAUCUAUCCGUGAUUGAGGAUGAUCGUGAUGACAUUGACUCAUCUCUGGAUGUCUUCUUGAAGAGAGCCAUGGAGAAAUCCCUUGAAAGUAAGAAUGGCCACCUGGACCUGUUUGUCCGUUUCGUUCAUGGCCUCUCUCUGGAGUCCAACCAGAGACUCUUAGGGGGUCUGCUGGGUCAGACAGACAACAGUCCAGAAAUCAUCCAGAGAGCCAUCACCAACCUGAAGGAAAUGAGCAGUUAUUAUAGUUCUCCUGACAGAAGCAUCAACAUCUUCCACUGUCUGACGGAGAUGAACGACAGCUCAGUCCAUCAGGAGAUCCAAGGGUUCCUGAAGUCAGAGAACAGAUCAGAGAAGGAACUGUCUGAUAUCCACUGCUCAGCUCUGGCCUACAUGCUGCAGAUGUCAGAGGAGGUUCUGGAUGAGUUAAACCUGCGGAAGUACAACACCUCAGCGGAGGGACGACUGAGACUGUUUCCAGCAGUGAGGAACUGCAGGAAGGCUCUACUUUCUGACUGUGUAGUCUCUGAGAAUCACUGUGAAGUCGUGGCCUCGGCUCUGAAGUCCAACCCCUCCCAUCUGAGAGAGCUGGACCUGAGUUUUAACAGGUACAUGAAAGAUUCAGGAGUGAAGCGGCUGCAGGCUGGAUUGAAGAGUCCACACUGUGUGCUGGAGAUUCUCAGAUUGGCUCACUGCGGGCUGUCCGAUGUCAGCUUUGCGUAUCUAGUCUCAGCUCUGAAGUCUAACCCCUCCCAUCUGAGAGAGCUGGAUCUGACAGGAAACGCAUUGUCUGAUUCAGGAGUGAAACAGCUGAGUCAGUUUUUGGAGAGUCCACCCUGUAGACUGGAGACCCUGAGAUUGUGGAGCUGCAGCGUGUCAGAGACUGGCUGUGCUUCUCUGGCCUCAGCUCUGAAGUCCAACCCCUCCCAUCUGAGAGAGCUGGACCUGAGUAACAACAGCCUGCAGGAUUCAGGAGUGGAGCUGCUGUCUGAGCUUGUGGAGAAUCCACUCUGUCAACUGGAAGCUCUGAGAUUGAGGGGCUGCGGUUUGUCAGAGAACAGCUGUGUUUAUCUGGCCUCAGCUCUGAAGUCCAACCCCUCCCAUCUGAGAGAGCUGGAGCUGGGCGAAAACAAGCUGCAGGAUUCAGGAGUGAAGCAACUGUGUGGUUUUCUGGAGAGUCCAGACUGUAGACUGGAGUGUCUGAGAUUGUGGGAGUGUGCUUUGUCAGAGAUCAGCUGUGCUUCUCUGGCCUCAGCUCUGAAGUCCAACCCCUCCCAUCUGAGAGAGCUGGACCUGGGCGACAACAAGUUGAAGAACUCAGAAGUGAAGCUGCUUUCUGAUCUAAAGGAUAGUCCACACUGUAGACUGGAGACUCUGGAAUGGAAGUGAUCUUAGUGAUUUCAAAUUUUGACGUGUUGAGACACUACGUGGAGUCCACCAUCAUCAGUGUGUGUCCUCUGGGUUCAUCAGUGUGUGUCCUCUGGUAUCAUCAGUGUGUGUCCUCUGGUAUCAUCAGUGUGUGUCCUCUGGUAUCAUCAGUGUGUGUCCUCUGGUAUCAUCAGUGUGUGUCCUCUGGUAUCAUCAGUGUGUGUCCUCUGGUAUCAUCAGUGGAUCUGGACUGCUCUGUUGCCGCUCUGUCCUUCUACACUGAGACUCCUCCACUGCUUCUGCUCCACCUCCUCCACCUGGACCUGGGUUUCAUUUCCUCUUUUAUUAAUUCAGAUAUUCUGAACUCAAAGUGCCUCUGCAGAUUAGUUCCUCAAAUAAGAGGAAUAGGGAUUUGGAAAGAUUAGG